AUGGAAGCCCUCUACAUCCAUAUAGCCAACAAGUUAGAAGGUCUACGCUUCGGCAAGUCCGGCCCCUCGGGAAAGAUCACGGACUUGUCCGAGCUGAAGUCCGCCGAGUUGUGGCGAGCGGUCUUCGCUGAGUUCCUGGCUCAGGUUUUGUUCAUCUUUCUGGGCUGUGCCUCAGCCAUGCGGAUUUCCGACCCAGGGUCGGAUGUAUACUUGAUAAAG